UGAGCCCCGGCAGCAGGUGGGCGCGGUGAGGGCUGGCGGCGGCUGGCCGGGGGCUGCCGGGCGGCGCUCGGGCCGGACGCGCCGGCCUUGCGGAGCGCCAUGGACUUCAACAUGAAGAAGCUCGCGUCGGACGCUGGCAUCUUCUUCACCCGGGCCGUGCAGUUCACGGAGGAGAAAUUUGGCCAGGCUGAGAAGACCGAGCUCGACGCCCACUUUGAGAGCCUCCUGGCCCGGGCGGACAGCACCAAGAACUGGACCGAGAAGAUCUUGAGACAGACAGAGGUGCUGCUGCAGCCCAACCCCAGCGCCCGCGUGGAGGAGUUCCUGUACGAGAAGCUGGACAGGAAGGUGCCCUCGCGGGUCACCAACGGCGAGCUGCUGGCGCAGUACAUGGCCGAGGCGGCCAGCGAGCUGGGGCCCACCACCCCCUACGAACAUCUCUCCUGGGGCUCUCUCCUCCCUCCUGAGAGCCAGAGUGACCGGAGCCUGGCCCGCCUCCUCACCCCCCGACUCUGCUUCUCAGGGAAGACGCUGAUCAAGGUGGCCGAAGCGGAAAAGCGCCUGGGAGCGGCUGAGAGAGAUUUCAUCCACACGGCCUCCAUCAACUUCCUCACGCCCCUGCGCAACUUCCUGGAAGGGGACUGGAAGACGAUUUCGAAGGAGAGGCGGCUCCUGCAGAACCGGCGUCUAGACCUGGAUGCCUCCAAAGCGCGGCUCAAGAAAGCCAAGGCUGCCGAAGCCAAAGCCACGACGGUGCCUGACUUUCAGGAGACUAGACCGCGUAAUUACAUUCUCUCGGCCAGCGCCUCCGCGACUCUGGAGGACACUUGCCGCCCCCCUUCCUGGGCCGAGUGGAAGGAGGACUAUCCAGGAGGGUGGAGACGGCCCUGUUUUUUUCUUGUGCCUUUGAACCCCAGUGUGACUCUGGCACGAGGCUGCCUUUCUCUGCCGAAGGACGGAAAGCUCUGGAAUGAUGAGGUGGACAAGGCUGAGCAGGAGCUCCGAGUGGCCCAGACAGAGUUUGACCGGCAGGCAGAAGUGACCCGGCUCCUGCUGGAGGGGAUCAGUAGCACCCACGUGAACCACCUUCGCUGCCUCCACGAGUUCGUGGAGUCUCAGACCACAUACUAUGCCCAGUGCUACCGCCACAUGCUGGACCUCCAGAAGCAGCUGGGCAGCUCCCAGGGAGCCAUAUUCCCAGGCACCUUCGUGGGCACUGCCGAGCCCGCCUCCCCACCCCUCAGCAGUACCUCGCCCACCACUGCCGCGGCCACGAUGCCCAUGGGGCCCUCUGUGGCCGACUUGGCCCCUCCAGGGGAGGCCGCUCUCUGCCUGGAGGAGGUGGCCCCGCCGGCCAGCGGAACCAGGAAAGCCCGCGUUCUCUAUGACUAUGAGGCGGCCGACAGCAGUGAGCUGGCCCUGCUGGCUGAUGAGCUCAUCACUGUCUACAGCCUGCCUGGCAUGGACCCCGACUGGCUCAUUGGCGAGAGAGGCAACAAGAAGGGCAAGGUCCCCGUCACCUACUUGGAGCUGCUCAGCUGAGCAGGCGCCUCCCCCAGGCCCUGCCCGCUCUGGCCUGGGCAGGGGAAUGGGUGCAGCCCUGCCUCGUGUCUGCUGGCGACCCAGCUGCUCAGCGUCGGGAGGCUCACCCUAGCCCCAUCCUGCCCCUUGGCCGUCCAGCUGUAAGGGGCCCCAGAGGCUGAAUGAUCCCAGCUCCUCCCCCAGCCUGCUUCUGACCUGUUUCUGGAGCCCCCCCGCCCCUGCCUGCGUCCUUGAGCCCCCCAGCCCUCCCGGCUCCUCUCAGGAGGGCGGGCCUGGCUGCAGCAGCUGCGCUCGGCGCCCCAGCCUGUGGGGGGGUCAGUGCAAGAUGGGCUGAGGACGCCCUGGGGUGCACCCUUGGCAAGAGAGAACACCUGCCUUUAGUUGCCAAAAGCAGCAGAGGGCGAGGCAGGCAGGCAGGCAGGUCUGUGGCGGGCCGGAGACAGGGGUGUCUCCCUGGGGAUGUGCUGCAGUGGAGGGGAGCCUGGCCGGAGCUCCCAGGUGCUAGCCCUCCCCUCCCAGCACUAUCGCUCAAGCCAAGUCUGGUGGCUGCCACCUGCACUCUCCACACUCACUUUUUAACGGAUCUUUUUACUCUGCCUGUCUGCUUCCUCUCUAGCCAGUGACCAAUAAUAAACUAUCCUUCGUGUGCA